GUGCCCGGCCCUGCAGCCCCAAGUACUUCGGCCGCGAUGCCAUGGUGUGUGUCUGCAACGCCACGUACUGCGACACGCUGGACCCCGUCGUCCUGCCGGCCCCGGGCACCUACGUCAAGUACGAGAGCAGCAAGGCCGGGAAGCGGCUGGAGCGCAGCCAGGGCAGCUUCCAGCACAGCCUGCACGCCCCAGGGAUUGAGUACAACCUCAUCCGGCUCCCCAUGGCUUGCAGUGACUUCUCCAUGCAUCCCUACAGCUACGAUGAUGUCCCUGGUGACUAUGAGCUGAAGCACUUCAAGCUGGCAGAGGAGGAUGUGAAGAUGAAGAUCCCCAUCCUGCAUCGAGCCUCAGCCAUGACGAAGUGGCCGCUGUCACUGUAUGCAAGCCCCUGGACCUCCCCAGGCUGGAUGAAGAGCAAUGGGGAUGUCCGUGGGAAGGGGACACUGAAGGGGCAGGCGGGGGACAAAUACCACAAGACCUGGGCCAAUUACUUCAUCAAGUUUCUGGAUGAAUAUGCCAAACACAAUGUGACCUUCUGGGCAGUGACGGCACAGAACGAGCCCCUCGCUGCGCUCCUCACACCCCCCCAGUUCCCCACCAUUGCCUUCACUGCCGCACACCAGCGGGACUUCAUCAUCCGGGACCUGGGCCCCGCACUGGCCCGCAGCCCCCAUCGCACCCGCCUCAUCAUCCUGGACGACCAGCGCAUCCACCUCCCGCACUGGGCCAAAGUGGUCCUGGGCAAUGCCACCGCUGCCCACUAUGUGGCCGGCGUGGGGGUUCACUGGUACCUGGAUGCCAUCUCCCCCCCCAGGUGCAGCCUGGAGGCCACCCACAAGCUCUUCCCCGACCAUUUUCUGCUCUACACUGAGGCUUGCAGUGGCUUCCUCACCCUGCGGUUCUCUGUGACCCUGGGCUGCUGGGAGCGAGGGGAGAGCUACAGCCACAGCAUCCUGACGGUCCUGAACAACUUUGUGUCUGGGUGGACUGACUGGAAUCUGGCCUUGGACAUGAAGGGGGGCCCCAACUGGGUCAAGAACUACGUGGACAGCCCCAUCAUUGUGGACAGCAGCAAGGACAUCUUCUACAAGCAGCCCAUGUUCUACCACAUGGGGCACUUCAGCAAGUUCAUCCCCGAGGGCUCCCAGCGCAUGGGGUUGCAGAGCAGCCACCGGUGCCUCUCCUGCCGGCUUGAGCAUGUGGCCAUGCUGCGCCCCGAUGGAGCCCUCGUCCUGGUGGUCCUCAACAGGUUUGGCUCAGAUGUGCAGUUUGGGAUCUGGGACCCUGCCAUUGGUUUCAUCAAGACGGUGGCUCCAGCCCGCUCCAUCCAGACCUAUCUGUGGCGCAGGCAGUGA